CCUGAAUUACUUUCUUGUCCUUAUUCCUCUUCUUUGCGCCGUUUACAUAUUUAUAUAUCUCUCUUCGUCCAUUCUAUAAUUUCAUCCCCUUCGGUGAUUUAUUGAGAAAAGCUUAGCACUUAGCCAAAGAUUUUUAUUACUGAAGGCUGUAGCUAUGGAAGCUAAUUAUUCAUCGUCAUCAUCUUCUUCUUCUUUAGCAAGAGGGUUAAAGGUUCCACAGUCUUUCCAUGCGUCAAUUCAUUCAGUGCGUAAGCCAUUGACGAAGCCUUGGAAGAAACCAACUUCACCAUUACUACCAACACCACCCAAAGUUUACAAGGUCGACCCCAUAAACUUUCGGGACUUGGUUCAAAAGCUCACCGGUGCAGUCCCUCCCUGCAGCAUUUCUCAACCUCAACAACAUCACCGUCUUCAAAGAGUGGCGCCACCUCCGCCUCUUCAGGUUGCCCCACCGCCAUUCAUGUGUGGGGCAGCGGAAGUCAAUUCUGCGCCAUUUCAUCUCGUUUCUGGAUUAGAUCAUGCGAAACCCCAGAAGGAAAAUUUCUCUGAUGAUGCCAUGAUUACCUCAAAUUCACUUGGAUUCAGCUUGUCACCAUCUUCUUAUAAUUAUAAUUGGUGCUCUUUUCCUAUUCUCAGUCCCAGAACUUAGUCCAGCUUGGACCAAAACAUUGUUCCUUGGACGAUAUACAUAGUUAAAAAGGCCAAUUUGGAAGUUAAUUAUUUCUCUUUCUCAUUCUUGCUUCACCUUAGAACAGAAUGUAUCUAAGAUUAAAACCACCUUCUUUUGUUGUAUUACCGAAUUUAUUACAUAUUCACUUUAAUUUUCAGAUA